CCCUGCUGGGGGACGACCAAAGCACAGCCGAGCGGAUUCUUACACUCUGAAUGAGGAACCAUAGGAAGAAAUGGUCAGACAGGUGGCAUUUUUAAAAGACAGACAGAAACAUGGAAGUGAAUGCUUCAGUCCAGUUCAAAGUCUUUUCACAAUCUACUGCUCUUAUUAAAACAGGUGUUUGAAGUUGGAGGGAUUAAAGACACAAUUUAGAAGAGAAAAUCUGAAUAAUGAGGUGAAUCCUGUGAACACAACUGCUGAGAAGCAUCAUCAUCUUUGAACAGCAGUUAAGACUGAAGAUCUACUAAAGCCCAAACAUGCAAAAACGAAGGCGACUCUGGCAGAAUCCGGCCCAGCUCCACUGGCCUCACAUAGAGCAUCUCGGUCUACGGGCUUUUACUUUGGAAGCUCACCAGUACUUCUCAUGCAGACACAUUCUACUGUAAUACUAAACACCUCUAAUGGCAGUACAACAGUAUGAGCGUCCUCUAAUACAGUGUGAAUACACGUAUUUGGUUAUCGCCUGUGUAGAUUUGUGUUGGCUUCGUCACAGCUGCUUCCGGAGACAUUAGCACCGCUUCAUGGACCAGCCUGAUCCAGGCCUUUAGCAGCACUGAUUGGAUUAGGGCCGAUGCAUCAGACUUGGUUGUUUACUGACACCAAUUGGAGCAGGCUUUGUUCAGCGCUAUGAUCUGGAUGUGUGCAGGCUCCUGGUUUAGGUUGGAUGUAAUGUGAUCAACAAGAGCAUGUGAGAUUAAAGAAGGAACUCUGCAGUAGUUCGAGUCAUGAAUUUACUUUUGUGUAAAGGAAACGAGAUGGUUGGCGUCUCAGAACCCAGCAAGAAGCUGCUGCUGCUGGAUAGCAGAGGUGGGUCAGGACAGAACACCUGGGGAUAAAGGCUGGGUAAUGUUCUGAAUGUGAUCGGGCUGCCACGUGGCAUAAUGGGAAGUGAUGCCUCUAGGGUCGGGCUCAGACUGUGACAUUCUUUUACCCGGAUACUGUAAAUAAAUUUCCUGGGUCACAUAUCUGUGUGGACAGAUAAUGUAAGUGAAUUUCUAGGUUCCCUCGCUGUGCUCAUCGAUGGCAGCGGACCUUUAACGUGUGAAAACCAUAAUUCAGCCAUCCUGCUGCGCCACCUGCUGACACCAACACCUCGCAGGCAGGAUCUUUUGACCCAAACCAUGGAAAACUGACGGCACAGCAGCAGCACGUUCCUUUCGGAGCAAGGUGGGUGAGGUUAUCUGCCCCUAUUUAAGCCUCUUAGUCGCUGUAAGUCCGCCUGAGGCCUGCAGGGCUGCAGAGGCUCUGCUCAGGCCGUGAUGACUUAAUCCUUCAGCAUUCAGCUCCUCAACCUGCUGCAUAGAAGUCUUCAAAGCAAUGGAGGAGCUUCUUUUACCGAGCAGCAAUGAGGAGCCGCGGCCGGACCCCAGGUCGAGCAGGACAAUGGGGAAUCGGCUCAAGGCCUUCCUCCAGGUGAUGCUGAGCGGAGAUCUCAAGAGGAACGUGAAGAGUUUUUGUAAAAGGAACGGGCUACUGACGCUAUCGGUGAUCGCUGUGGCUACCGGCUGCAUGCUGGGGUUCAUGCUGAGAGGAACCCAGAUGUCCACACAGGCUAAAAUCUACUUUUCUUUUCCUGGAGAACUGCUGAUGAGGAUGCUGAAGAUGCUCAUUCUUCCUCUCAUCACUUCCAGUUUGAUGUCGGGUCUGUCGUCGAUGGAGUCGAAGGCGUGCUGUCGAAUGGGUGUCCUCACCGUUACCUACUACCUGUGGACCACCUUCAUCGCUGUGGUGGUGGGCAUCGUGCUGGUUGUCAUCAUCAAACCAGGCGUGGGGACGGAGGUGGAAAGCAAUCGACUGGGAGGGGGGCCCGUCAUGACGUCAGCCGACGCCCUGCUGGACCUCAUCAGAAACAUGGUUCCCUCUAAUCUGAUCGAGGCCACGUUUCAGCAGUACAAAACUGACCUGGUUCCGGUCCUCAAAGUCCCAAGCAGAACCAUCCAGCCCAAUUUUGUCUAUGUCAUCCCUGAUGACCGUGAUACCAAAGGUCGGACGGUGUAUCUGGAGCUGACUCCGGCCCCUGAGGUCGUGUACAGGAUAAGUCCAGGCAGCAGCCAACAGAUGAAUGUCCUGGGCAUCGUGGUCUUCUCUGCCACCAUGGGUCUGCUGCUGGGCAGGAUGGGAGAGCGAGGGCUGCCACUCAUCAAUGUGUGUCAGUGCAUCAACGAGUGCGUUAUGAAGAUCAUCAACGCCGCCGUGUGGUACUUUCCUUUUGGCAUCAUCUUCCUGGUGGCGGGGAAGAUCUUGGACAUGCAGGACCCGAGCACCCUGGGGAGGAAGCUGGGCUGGUACGGCAUCACCGUGCUUGCCGGGCUCUUUGUCCACGGGCUCAUCCUCCUGCCGCUCUUUUACUUCCUGCUCACGAGGAAAAACCCUUUCUCAUACAUCCGCGGGCUGCUGCAGGCCAUGGUGAUCGCCUUGGCAACCUCCUCCAGCUCGGCUACGCUGCCCAUCACCAUGAAGUGUUUGCUGGAGAACUGUUGUGUCGAGAGGCAGAUUGCUCGCUUCGUCCUCCCUGUGGGAGCCACCAUCAACAUGGAUGGCACGGCUCUGUACGAGGCUGUGGCUGCCAUUUUCAUCGCUCAGGUCAACGACUAUGAGCUGGACUUUGGUCAGCUGAUCACCAUCAGCAUCACGGCUACAGCUGCCAGCAUCGGUGCAGCAGGAAUCCCCCAGGCUGGGCUGGUUACCAUGGUGAUUGUACUCACUUCAGUGGGGUUGCCUCCAGAUGACAUCACUCUGAUUGUGGCCAUUGAUUGGAUCCUUGACAGGUUUCGGACUAUGAUCAAUGUGCUGGGUGACGCCCUUGCAGCAGGAAUUAUUGCUCACCUUUGUCGAAAAGAUUUCCCGCUAGGCGGAGCUGGACAGUCGGUGCCGUCCUACGGCACACAGAACCCUCACACUCAGAAGAGCUGCCACAGCGUGGAUGUGCCAAUGACAGACGUCCACUCACACAGAGAGUGUGUGUACGAAGUGACGGGCGACUCGGCAUGUGGCAGGCGAGCGCACACCAUCUACUACAACAUCUGCCAGGUGUGAGCAGCGCUACCCGUGUGCUGUGGCGUUGAAGCGCCUGCAGCCGUCCACAUGACGCUAAUGGAGCUGGAUGUGAAGCGUCGUCCUACAGUGCUACCCACUGUGGUACCGGUCCGGCCCGGUCAAACAGACCUGCCAUCUCCUGGCACCUGUACAGUAACGGGAUGAGUGAUUGAUUAUUUAUAUUGUUCAUCUGAACUAACUGCUAAAACUCAGAUGUCACGUUUGACUUCAGAGAAAAUGAAUGAAAAAAGCCCAGACCACAGGUGCAUGAUGGGAACGCUGAGAAAGGCUCUAAAGCACGUCUGAAAACCGAUGGGUCAAGGCUCAGUGACAAGCAGCUGCUGAUCUGUUGAAGCUGAACCGAAGUGCUCUUUACUUUCUGUCGGUUGUAUUUGCUGGCUUUCGCUGUGACUGGCUUCAUUGGGAGCCAACGUUCAAACCAGGUGCUGUAGGUUCUGUGUUCUAGGGGAACCGCCUCUGUGAGGCCUAGUGUAUGUACUGUACGCUUCAGCACAUCUUGGCCUUUGGUCCUCGGGUCCAGGUGAGUGCUGGACUCUGGCUCGGAUAGUGAAUUUGAUCUUGUUUAAUGACACUAAACCAAAUGAAAAACCUAGAUACACAAUUUCUUUUUUUUGUUAACGAAGGUGAAUCAAGACCCGAGAUGCUUGUUGGGUUUUACCUCUUUGAAACCUGCUUGACUACAUAAAAGCGGGGUACUUGUGUUUCCACAGAAGGUUCUGUGUUUUUGUCCACUCACAUGGAUUAAACUCAGCUUCUGCUUUACUCAACUACCUCAUCUGUUUUGUUACAGUUCAAGUUUGACAAAACCUCAAGAGAAAUCAUAACCGACAGCUGAUUUGUUAUCAACUUAAACCUUAAAGUUGUGGUUUGAGUAGAAAACCAGACCUGCCUUAAUCUGACUGUUGGUCCACAAACUUCGAUGUGGAAUGUGGAUUUUUGGACUUCAUGUGAUGUGAUUGUUUGUGUUUGAAAAUAAACCAUUGACCAUUGUUUCUUA